GGAUUAGUCAGUGUUAAACGACGAAAACGUCGUGUAAUUAACAUCUCUCGAAAAUUCCAUGCAGAAUUGUCGAACGGAAUACUCAAAUUCUACCCCAGAAAGAAAUUAGGAAUCGCUUCAGAUCCUGAAUUUCAAAUUGAUCUAGCAAAGGCUACUGCGAUGUAUGAUGAGAAACGUAUCGUUUUGAUUUUGAAGGUUGUAAACGAAACUUACAGUUUAAUUCCUCUUGAAGACUCAUUAGAUCGUUGGCGGGACGCAAUACUCAGGCACAGGCUACAUAGGCAAGAAGCAGUCAGAAAAGGCUUAGAACAGGAUGCAAUACACACACUAGAAGCGAUUUCUGGAAUAGGACCGAGCGAAGACAAAACCUGGGAGUCGCACUCGUGCAUGAAGAUGUUCGAGGAAGUCCAUCAAUCCGACGAAAAUAACGAUGUAAUGAGUCGUUCAGCUGCAUUCGCAGCUGUUUUACGUGAUCGACAAGCACAUCCCCUCUGA